AUGGUUGAGAUGGUGAUGUCACUAGCAUUGGAGAAGACAAUGUUAAAAGGGCAAAUAUUGAGCUGCUAUAUGAUUGGAGAUUUUUUCAGUCGAAGGAAACUAAAAGUUAGUGAAAAAGGAGGCUGGGGUGCAACAAGAGAGGUAUACUGGGGACAUGGAAUUUAUGGGGUUGAAUCAGCAUCAACAUUCUAUUUUGGGAAGCAUCCAUCUUGUCUAAGUUUGGGGGAGUCUGCAAUGCUUGCUGGGCUAAUACCUGCCCCAGAACUUCGAUCGCCACUCAGGGAUCCUUCCAGAGGAAAAACCUUCCAAGCCAGAGUUUUGAAGAGGAUGGUGGACGUAGGCUUUCUUGAUUUUGAAACAGCACUUUUUGUCGUGAAACAGUAUCUUCCUCUGCAUGUUACUGAGUCAGAAGCACCUGUUGUCUUUCUCCCGGGAGUUGGUACAAACUCCAAAUUGAGGGACAUAUGGGACUGGGAAACAGAAAGCAAAAUCUGGGAAGCAUGUGAGGAUAUGGAAAGAUGGGUCCUCAAGGUCCGGGACGGAGCCUGA